AAGCGUGCGCUAGCCUUUCCCCUCUCUCCAUCCCUCCCUCUCACACACAGUCAUCAGAGAGUAUGAGAAGGCUGGACUGACUGGACGGACUAUACACAGGACUUGGUUACUGCAGCUGGAAUAGACACUUCUACUACCUGAUACCUCUGUCUGCACGCUAAAGCACUUAACAGGAGAGCCGCACCAUGACCAGAAAGGUGUUCACCAACACACGGGAGCGCUGGCGGCAGCACAACGUCAACACUGCCUUCGCUGAGCUCCGCAAGCUCAUCCCCACCCACCCACCAGAGAAGAAGCUGAGCAAGAACGAGAUCCUGCGGCUGGCAAUGCGUUACAUCAACUUCCUGGUGCAGCUGCUGGAGAGCCAGAGUGGCCAGCCUGUCUCACACUCCCCCACAGCCCUGCUCACCUUCCUCAGGGGCAACGUGGAACGUCUCCACUCCUCCUCCCAGACCUGGGGCCUGGCCAGCGACACUGACGCCCUCUCCCCUGGAUCAAGCUGUGACAGCACUGAGGCCUGGUAGUGUGCCUGCUGCAGUUUCCUCUGAAGGGUGAUCAUCUACAACUCCCUGGGUGAAACGGUCUGUCACAAGGCCCCCAUUCAUAGACUCCAUUUUGGUUCUGUGACACUUGAGGAGUACAGUGUUGGUUGUGAUGGCAAGCAGACGAUAUUUGUGGAUGAUGCCCUUCCUGCUGAAUUAAAUCAACUCUUGAUGUUGACAUUAUGACACGGGAGGAUGGGAGCCUUGUGAAAUGUAAUCUGUAAUCUGCAUGGAUGUAGCUUGGAUGUAUUCCCCCCUUCAUGUCAGACAUGUAUUUUUAUCUUGUCGGUGGGGAAAGAUGUCCACAUCAACAACAAAAAAUGUUUUGAAAUAAGAAAUAAGGAUGCAUUAAGGCCAUAAAGGAUCAUUUAAGGGAAUUUAUUUGGGAAAGACAUUUCAGGAAAGAUAAAGUCUUGUCCAAUUCACCAAGGACUGCAAUCUAAUUACAAAAUGCAAAGGGCACUUUCUUUUGUUCAAAUGACGAUUUUAUGAUGAGACUGAUUAUGACCUUGCUUAUUUGCAAAUCAAUCAUUAUUAUCAAAAUCCUGCAAUAUGACCACAUUCAUUGAUUGACACAUUGCUGUUAUACGCAUUAAUUGUAACGGUUCUCUAGUGGUGAAGGAGAGGCGGACCAAAAUGCAGCGUGGUUUCUUUGAUUCAUGUUUAAUAACAAAAAGAUAAACACGAACACUACAAAACAAUGAACGUGGAAAACCAAAAACAGCCCUAUCUG